GGCGCCCCGGCUCCCCGCACCCCCGAUCGGGGCCGCCGCCAGCAGUGGCGGUGGCGGAGGCGGGGGCAGCGGCGGCGGCGGAGGCGCCUCUGCAGCUCCGGCUCCCCCUGGCCUCCCGGGAACUACAAGUCCCAGGGGGCCUGGCGGCGGGCGGAGGACGGAAGAGGCGGGGUCGGCGCCGCGAGGCCGGAAGUGGCCGUGGAGGCGGAAGUGGCGCGGCCGCGGAGGGGCCUGGAGCGCGGCGGCGGGACCCGGAGCGGGAGCAGCGGCGGCGGCGGCUGGGGGCGGCGGCGGCGGCGGCAGCGGCGGCGGCGCGCUGGAGGUGGCCAUGGCAAAGCAGUACGACUCAGUGGAGUGUCCCUUUUGUGAUGAAGUGACCAAAUAUGAGAAGCUCGCCAAGAUCGGCCAAGGCACCUUUGGGGAGGUGUUUAAAGCCAAGCACCGCAAGACCGGCCAGAAGGUGGCUCUGAAGAAGGUGCUGAUGGAGAACGAGAAGGAAGGGUUCCCCAUUACAGCCUUGCGGGAGAUCAAGAUCCUCCAGCUUCUAAAACAUGAGAAUGUGGUCAACUUGAUUGAGAUUUGUCGAACUAAAGCUUCCCCGUAUAACCGCUGCAAGGGCAGUAUAUACCUGGUGUUCGACUUCUGCGAGCAUGACCUUGCUGGACUGUUGAGCAAUGUUUUGGUCAAGUUCACGCUGUCUGAGAUCAAGAGGGUGAUGCAGAUGUUGCUUAAUGGCCUCUACUACAUCCACAGGAACAAGAUCCUACACAGGGACAUGAAGGCUGCUAAUGUGCUCAUCACCCGUGAUGGGGUCCUGAAGCUAGCAGACUUUGGGCUGGCCCGGGCCUUCAGUCUGGCCAAGAACAGCCAGCCCAACCGCUAUACCAACCGCGUGGUGACGCUCUGGUACCGGCCCCCGGAGCUGUUGCUCGGGGAGCGGGACUACGGCCCCCCCAUUGACCUGUGGGGUGCUGGGUGCAUCAUGGCGGAGAUGUGGACCCGCAGCCCUAUCAUGCAGGGCAACACGGAGCAGCACCAGCUCGCCCUCAUCAGCCAGCUCUGUGGCUCCAUCACCCCUGAGGUGUGGCCAAAUGUGGACAAAUACGAGCUAUUUGAGAAGCUGGACCUUGUAAAGGGCCAGAAGCGGAAGGUAAAGGACAGGCUGAAGGCCUACGUGCGUGACCCCUACGCGCUGGACCUCAUCGACAAGCUGCUCGUGCUGGAUCCCGCGCAGCGCAUCGACAGUGACGACGCCCUCAAUCACGACUUCUUCUGGUCUGACCCCAUGCCCUCGGACCUCAAGGGCAUGCUGUCCACCCACCUGACGUCCAUGUUUGAGUACCUGGCGCCGCCGCGCCGGAAGGGCAGUCAGAUCACCCAGCAGUCCACCAACCAGAGCCGCAAUCCUGCCACCACCAACCAGACGGAGUUCGAGCGUGUCUUCUGAGGGCCGGCGAGUCACUAGGGCUAUUUUAUUUUUUCUUCUGCCGUGUGACGUGGAUUGUGGAGAUAAUGAGGCAUUUGAGUUUUUUUCUCUAGUGCAUAUUUUAUUUAAUCCCUACCCUGGGCACUGGGAACAACCAGCCGAGCGGACUGGAGUGAAGCGUUGGCUGGAGGGUCAGGAGGGCCUGGGGGCCGCCCCGCUCCCCGGCUUUCCGGAUGGUGCUCAGAGGGUCUCCGUUUACUUUACGACACGAAAGGGGUGGGAGGAGAGGCUUACCCACCAGUGACUUUGUAACAGCUCUCAGCACAAUGGGAGAAGGGGACAGGCCCCUUAUCCAUCCCCAGCCUUUCUCUUCGGGUGAGAAACUAGCGUGGGAACAGGGCCAGCCUCGGGGCCGGGCUGCUCAUAGCCUAACCCCUGCAAGCAUUGGGGCUGGCGAAAACUCUUGGUUUCUUGAGUAGGAGAAUUUUUUUCGUGUUUCUUUUGUUCAGUCGUUCAGAGACAUUCCUGGAUACAGUUUGGUCAGUUAUGAUUAAAAGUUGACUUUUUUCCCAGUAA